AAAAGGUUACUAACACACCAGUAAAGCGAAUCCUUCUCUGGUGAUUUUCCCCUUUUUUCUUCUUCUUCUUGAAAGCCCACGUUUCUCAAGAAAGAGGGUACGUGUCACAGAUCGAUCCUCCAUUUUCACAAGGGUAGGGAUGGAAUACCCCUUUUUCGGCCGCACCGGGUUCCUCGACGCGCAAAGGGACGGCCUGCCUAUCGGUCAUAAACCCCGACUUUUGACCAAGGUGCAGACGGUCGGGCUGAAGUGGUCUCCUAGUCUGCUAACCUGCCCACAGCGUCUCCUCCAUCACUUCUCGCAGGGCGGCGGCGUAGAUGACUCUUUGUUUCGCUAUUUACGCUUAUCCUAUAUUGUCGAACUCCUGGCGGGGAAAGGAAAGCAGGAUUCCGCUAACAGGGCAGCGCUCAUGCGGGGAGUGCUGCGGUGGAAGGCGAAGGAAAAAUGUUCUACGUCGUCGUUGACGGAGGUGCAGUGCUACCCGCCUGAACUCACAGUCGUUGUGGUGAAGGAUGGGAAAAGCGUGGGCGCCAUCGCGAAGCCCUUCCGUCGAGCUGUCACCUUGCUAGGAAAGGACCACACACUGAAUGAUGUCUUUCUCGACCAUCCGAGCUGCUCAGCGCAGCACGCCGCGCUGACAGUGGAGUUCUCACUCCCAUUUGAUAUUGAGGAGGAUAUGACGAACACACUAGUUCAACACCCCCUCGCGGGGAACGCAUCAGAGUGCCUUUUGACUACUCCGGGAGCGUCGGAUUCAUUGGAGAUGGUCUGUUCCUGUCUUUCGAGGCGGCUGGUGGAUCUGGAAGAUGAGCAACGGGAGGCAGCCGGAGAAGAAAACGGGGGGGUAUGGUCCUUGGAGUUACGGAUUAUGGACCUUGGGGCCACCAACGGGACCUUCCUGAACCAUGAAAGGCUUUCCCCAUACACAGCAGUGGCGUUGAUGGAAGGGGAUGUGAUAACUUUUGGCUCCUCCACGCGGAAUUACGUCGUGAUGCGGGCUACUCAAUGA